ACAACUUUUCUCAGCUCAAGAGAUCCCCUACAUGUUCAGAGCCCCGCGCCGGCGGUUUGCCGGACUAUACAAAGUCUACCAGACACGGACUAGAUCACCACUUUCUGCGUCUACAAAUCUUUCUCUCUCUUCAUCGUCUUUUCUUCAUCAAUCAUUUCUUUCUUCAUCCAACAACUGUAGUAACAACAAUAUCAAAAUGGUCGUUGAAUCUUACCGCACGGAAUAUGGGAACGUUCUCGCCGACUCUCUUACCCCGGGUCAAUUGAGUUCUUCCAACCUCUUUGACGUCUCUGGUCAAGUCGCUGUUGUCACCGGAGGUGGUACCGGUAUCGGUCUCAUCACUGCCCUCGGUCUCGCUGAGAACGGUGCCAAAGUGUACAUCACCGGUCGAAGGGCCGAUGUGGUUAAUGCUGCUGCGGAGAAAUACAGCCCCAAGAAGGGAACCGGUAGCAUCGUCCCCGUUGUUGGCGAUAUGAGCUCUAAAGAGGGUGUAGAUGCCCUUAGAGCCGUACUUGUCAAGAACGAGAAAUACGUCAACGUCCUCAUCAACAAUCACGCUAUCCAAGUCAUCGGUUUGAAAUUCCACGAGACAGAUGGAACUGCUGAGGGUAUCUCCGCCGCCGUUGAUGCCGUUGAGAGCUUUGAGAAGUGGACUGAGAUGUACCGUAUCAACUGCGCUUCUUACUUCUUCACCACCAUGGCUCUUCUUCCCCUUUUGGCCAAGGCCGAAGUUGGAGGGAAGAAACAACCUGGUAGCGUGAUCAACGUUAGCAGUAUCUCUGGUUUGUGUAACGAUUCUCAGGGUGGUCAAUUCAACUACAACGCUUCUAAGGCCGCUGUCAACCACCUUUCCAGCAUGAUGGCUGCAGAAUUCGCCGAACGUGAACUUGGCGUUAGGGUCAACACUAUCUGUCCUGGUCAUUUCCCCAGUGGUAUCAACACCACUAACCUGGAUGAAUCCCCAGAGACGAAAUACCAGUUCGCUCGUAAAGAGAUGGAAAUUCCUUUCGGUCGUCCUGGUGCUGCACCGGAAUAUGUCAGAUUGGUACUUAGUAUCGCAACUAACACAUACCAAACUGGUACUCUUAUCCCUAUCGAUGGAGGUUACAUGACCAAGCAUUAAAUUGUCUGGUCUAGGGUAUCCCUUCAGAUGGUGAGGUGAUCUUGGACAGUGUUCGGUUUUCAGGCUUGGUUGAUUGCAUGCAUUGGAUUGACAC